UUUUAAAACGAAUAACGGAAUAGGAAUAUCUGAAGGUUUGGACAGCCUUAACUCAUAAACUCCACUUAUAAUACACCAUGUAAUCAACAAUAGUGAACCCUAUAAUCACCCCUGCUAAUUUGCCAUAAUCACAACUGGUGAUACCCUAUAACUCCAAGUAACAAAUGAUAUAUGUUGUGUCAAUGCCUCAAUGAAAUGGAAAUAACACUCAGUGUUAUUUGCUGUGUUCCUUUACUUAUAAGUUGUCCUGACAUAUUAGUCAAUGUUGUGUUUGAAAUUUUUGGUUGAAAAUACAUGCAUUUUAACAAUACCUGGAUAUUAAUUAAAAAUAUUGCUGCACCAAGUUCUAUUCAUUCCAUAACCUUUAUUUUAAAUUAUGCUCAUUACUUCAUUUUUUUGGCAUUUCGACUUUUAACUGACCAGGGUCACAUCAAAACUGCAGUUAAUACUGUCAUAUCAAAUGUUGUUCAAAGGAUAUCUUUUUUCAAAGAGAAAUCUUUUUUGCAAAAGUAUUUGAAAGUUGCACUAAUAAAUACAAUGCAAAUUUUAUCAUAAUUCCGUCACCAGCGCACUUUUUACAUAUAUUUUAUGAACCUAGAAACUCGACUUAUAUGCUGAGAAUUAUGGUAUUUUGGUUUUAAAUAUGAUUUGCAUAGAUUUUUUUGCAGCUUCCACUUUUGACCAGGCAUUGUGAACUGAGUUAACAAAAAAUUAGGAUGCAGACAAAUAUUGGCAGCCAUGAGGCUAAGAAAUUUUUUAUCAGAAAGCAAACAUUAUCUAUCUCAAUGUUUACUUAUAAGGCAAUAAGACUUGGAAUCAGACUCUCUUUGAUACUUGAAAACCUGACUCUUGUCAUAGACAUGAAUUCAAGUCUGUUGUCUUUAUAUUACUUGUCUCUUCCUUUUUUCCUGUCCUUUUGUUUGAUUCUUAUCUUUUUCCUGGAGACAGAACCAUCCUUGCUUUUGGGUUCAUGAAAAAUACAAAUUCCAAGAGCAAUGUAAGAUAUUUUGAAAGAUAAUUAAAAGAACUCAGCGGAGUUGCAAUUUAUGCCUGUAGUUAAUGUAAAGAUCUAGAUUCUAAAAAUAACUUAAAUAUGGCUUCAUAUACUGCAAGCUUUGCUUUGGAGCUCUUCAUGCCACAUUCUGCUGUUUUGAAAAUCUUCUUUUAAAAUUGAUCUCUUUGAUGAUUCACCUACUGUGAAGUUUGUGAAAAUAUGUGAAUCUACAAUGGGCAAAAUAUUUUUUUCUGAUACGAUUAUUAUCUGAGGUUCUGGUGAGUAAUCCCUGGGUUUAUCUGUUCUUUCCAGUGGCAGCUAAAAGUAUUAUUAAUUUUUUAUGACCAUUAUGAAACACCUGUCUUUUGCAUAUAUUCUCUAUUUUCUCAACUAUCAACACCUGCCAUGAUAAUAACAGAGAAAAAGAACUUCUUUCACAACCGCAAUAUACUUAAAGCGUGCUCAUCUUAAGGCUCGCGCUGCCAUCCGCCCGAACACAGCAUGUCAAGGUUGUGAAGAAAAUCGUCUGCUUCCUACAGCGGUUCUAUUGCAUUCUGUUGAUGCUUGCUUGCUUGUAAAGUUUUAUCAUCGCACUCUGCACGGCUACGGCAGUUCUAACAUGCAUUUGAUGUGAAAUUUCACCGUGACAGUCGACUGCUCUUUGUUUGUCUAUGGUUAGAAAUUUUCCAUUUAAAGUCGGAGGCGAGUCCAUUUUUGCGUAAAUACAAAUGAGGUCAUAUUUCUCACACCUAACUGCAGACUGUUCGUCUUGAGUUUAUUAAAGAAUUCUUGCGGGUUCCUGAUACGUGAAACAAAGCGAGCAUUUCUUGUAUUUGCAAUAUUUUGCAUGGCUUAGCUGCAGAUAUGAUGCAACAGGUGUUUGUUUUUUCUUAAUGCUAAGACAUUCCGUAAACACUGGUUUAUAAACAGCUUUGAGACCAGUAUAGUCAGUUCGAAUAUGGUUGACGAGAAGCAGCAUGGAAGAAGGCCACCGCCUCGAUCAAGGCCACCUUUGCCAAUUCUUUUUGCAGAAGUGGAAAAUCUAUCUUCGUUUUCAUCAGUCGACGGGAGUGCUGAAAAUGCGAAAAAAGAAGAAGAAGAAGAAAAACCGCUUUCAGCAGACACGGGGGGAAACAUACCAUCGCUUGAAGAUAUCGAAACAAAGUAUUCUGACAUCGCAAAAUACAAAAUCUUCCAACUCGCAGGCGAUGACAUUAUGGGUAGGCCUGUGAUUGCGUUCAGUGCUUGCCGUUUACCUGAAAGAGAACUAAUCGAUCACCAACGACUGAUAGAGUUCGCAAAGGCCACUCUUGACCACUACGUCAUCAACGAUUACACUUUAGUGUACUUCCACUAUGGCCUCAACAGCCAAAACAAGCCAUCAUUUUCAUGGCUUUUGCAAGUCUACAAGGAACUAGAUAGAACAUAUAAGAAAAACAUUAAAGCAUUUUACGUCGUACAUCCAAGUUAUUUCAUAAAAGUCGCCUACGCCAUAAUGCAGCCAUUCCUAAGCAAGAAAUUCGGUAAGAAGAUUCAUAAUAUGAAUAGACUUGAUGAGCUUAUACCGUUCAUCAGAUUAGGACAACUGGAUAUCCCGCGAGAAGUCAGAGACCAUGAUGAGCGACUCAUAGCCAAAGGCAAAUCAAAACCAGCUGCAACUACGUCGUCGUUCUAUGUGCAAACAGAGAUACCAAAGUCCCAGCAGUUUGGAUUAAGUUUAGCAACGUUAAUCGAGAAUGGCGUUGCAGACCCUAUACCUAUCGUUGUAAAAUCCUGUGUCGAGUUUCUACGUCAGCACGCAUUAACCACAGAAGGAAUAUUUCGACGAUCUCCUCUCAGCACAACUGUUGAAGAACUGAAACGAAAAUUCAAUCAAGGUGAAAACGUUGUAUUUGAUCCAGCUGACGUCCAUGCUCCCGCCGUUCUAAUAAAAAAAUUCUUGCGAGAAAUGCCAGAGCCGCUUCUGACGUUCGAAUUCUACCCUGUAGCUGCCGACAUAUGCGCCCUACCGGCAGAAGAAAGGGUUGAGAAGAUGAGAUUCGAGAUGAAAAGUUGCAUUCCCAAAGAUAACUACACUGUACUCACUUACAUCAUCAGAUUUCUCGAAGAGGUCGUACAGAAUUCUGCAGAGAACAGAAUGUCCACUGGCAAUUUGGCGAUCAUCUUUGGUCCCAAUCUUAUGUGGUCUAAACACGAGACAAUAUCGCUAACAUCGAUGGCAAAAAUAAAUACUUUUACAAAACUGUUAUUAGACAAUUCUCAGGAAGUUUUGUCUCCAGAUGUCUUUGUAGAUAAAGACUAAUUACUUGAAUUUUUAUAAUCCACUAAAUAUUUGAACCGUCUAUCCAGAUCUUGCAAGGCCCUUGUUAAGUUUUAUUACAGGGCUUGUUAUUCAAAGUUUUUCUUGUAAGGGGAGAGGAUGGGUACAUACUAACUGUAUCUUGUCAAUUGUCCAUUAAGCACUUUAAGUACAGUCCAGGAAUGUUUAUCUGUUCCUCGGGUAAUAUCCUUUAGCUCCGAAAACUACAGAUAAAUAUUCUGAAACUGUUCAGAUGAAGAAUAGAGAUAAGCGGGAAUUUGAGUUAAAUUUUUCAAUUUCUUUUAUUUCAAACGGCCUAUUUCGCUGUCGUUGACUAUCUGAGCUCAUAAUUUCUGGGCUCUGCUUAUAAGCACCCUUUGGCUCCAUUUAUUCACUACCCCAAACAACGGAAAUCUGAUAAGUAGUGUGAUAAGGUCAAUAAAUUUUUCUAGUCAAUAAAAAUUACAUUUAUCCUUUUUUUAGUUGUUGGGCUGUUAGUAUUGAAUUAUAUUAUUAUAACAACUUCGAUUAAUCGUUUGCUUCAUAGUUGACCUGAAGGAAACCUAUGUGA